AUGCCUGAAGCCAAGAUUUCUCCCUCCAUGCUUUCAUGUGACUUUGCCAAUCUUGGUGUAGAGGCAAAGCGCAUGACAAAGAAUGGCGCAGAUUGGCUCCAUCUCGAUGUUAUGGACGGCCACUUUGUCCCCAAUAUCACACUCGGUGCACCUAUUAUUGCAGCUCUUCGCCCUCACACCGAGGCUUAUUUUGAUUGCCAUAUGAUGGUGUCCAACCCACUUCAGUGGAUUGAUGAUGUUGCAAAGGCUGGUGGACAAAUGUAUACUUUCCACAUUGAGGCCACCGAGGAUCCUCUUGCUGUCAUCCGUGCUAUCCAUGCUGCCGGUAUGCAGGCUGGUGUUGCCGUCAAGCCCAAGACUCCCGUUGAAGCUGUCAUGGGCCAGAUUGCCGAGGAAGUUGACAUGAUUCUUAUUAUGACUGUUGAACCUGGAUUUGGCGGACAGCGUUUUAUGGCGGAGUGUAUGCCAAAGGUCGAGGCUCUUCGUCGUGCCUAUCCUGGUCUAGACAUUGAGGUUGAUGGUGGUUUGUCCAUGGAGACAAUCGAUGCUUCUGCUGAUGCUGGUGCAAAUGUCAUUGUAGCUGGCACAGGUAUCUUCAAGGCAGAAAAGCCUUCAGAAGUCAUUAGUACAUUUAGAGAAAAGGUCAAUACUGCUCAGGCUAGAUUUGCUGCCUCUCAAUAAUUUGCCUGUAAUGGGCAUUUUUUGUUUUUUAUCUAAAAUGAGUAUAGCGCAACCCCCUCCCACCCCCUUUUUUGUUUAUUAUAAAAAAAAACCUAU